CCAUAAAACUCUCACCCAAGCUUUCCCCCGUCUUCUUCUAGGCUAGCACACUUCGUACAGCCUCCUGCGCACUCAAGCACCGUUGCUCGGGUGGGCUGUACUCAAGAAAAUGGAAUGAGAACCAAAAUAGCGACGGACCGGGGUGUGCUAAAUCUAGCAAGCCUCGAUGUAACUCCUUUCAAGGCAAAGCUUCACCCUGCACAUUUCUCAAUUCUCAAUUCACAAGGCAAGCAUCUAGAUUUAGCAAACUCGCACCACUUCGACGAUUUCGGACUGCGAUCAUCUGUUGGAAGGCUUCUCUAACCGCAAGGCGUGUUUCAUAAUUGGUCUACUUCCCAUAUAUAAGGAAGCGUGUCUUUGUUGCUGAUUUUCCACCUCGCAGCGCCCUCCCCCUAUCCCUUCCGGUCGUUUCUCCACCAUUAUGUCCGACCAAAUCAUCCCGAGUACCCCUCUUGCCCCUUCCUCUCCUCAUUCAAGCCCGCCGCGGCAAGCCUGCGCUGCAGAUGCGCCGUUCGACGACCCGCACGCGGACGUGAUCAUCCGAUCCAGCAACGAAAUCGACUUCCGCGUUCACAAACUCAUCUUAUCCCUCGCAUCUCCCUUCUUCAAGAGCAUGUUCUCCCUCCCACAGCCACCACCCAUCACCUCCUCGGUCUCUGCCUAUGAGCAGACGAACACCAUACCAGUCAUCCCCGUUACCGAAGACUCCUCCACUCUUUCCACUCUUCUCCGAAGCUGCUACACGAGGGACUGGCAGGAGGUGCAGAUGGAUCUUAACGACGUGUGGCGUAUUCUCCUCGCGGCAGAGAAGUACGAGAUGCAGUCCCUCAAGGGUCUCUCUAUGGGACCCUUGAUGCUCACCGUUGAUGAAAAUCCGCUUGGCGUAUACGCGGUCGCCUGUCGUUUUGGCUCGCCAGAAAUGGCAGCAUACGCGGCGAGAGCUUCGCUCAAGUCACCCACGUUCGCUUGUCGUUCACCAUGGCUCACCACCAUAUCGGGCCUCCAAUAUCAUGACCUCCUGCAGUAUCGUCACGAAUGUACUCUUGCCGCCAUCACCGUUCUAUCCGAUCCACGCUGGUUCAGCUCGUGUCCCGAUCUGCUGUACGAGAGGGCGUUGGGGAUGGGGUUAUGUUUGACUUGUUAUUGUCCGGUUGGUACACACGCUCGAUGGUUCGCACCAAAGUUCGUGAACGAAUAUCUCGCGGCUGUCGCUCUCGCACUCAAGGAUAGCCCGUGUGGCGAGACCGUACGCAAUUUGGAUGUGCCGAUGCCCACGGACACCGAAUGUGAACGGUGUAACGGCCGUCAGUGGCUGAAGUCAAUACCGGGAACUGCAAAGCUCGUGCAGGUCCUCGCAAUAGAGGUUGAUAAAGUGGUGUCCCUGGUGCCACCCUCGAAGAUAUGAGCCUUCACUGAAGGCAUAAGUGGGAACCUGAUUGUUUGUUUUGUUUCCGUAUUCGAGUACAGCACAUCAUUGCUUCUGCAUUGCAAUCCUUUUAUCGAUUUUGUCAAUCAGAGGGGUCUGAUAGAAACCAUGUUCAUAUGUAGUUUUAGCGUGUGGAAUCAUCCGAUGAAUAGCUUUGGUCCUUAAC